AUGGAUGCAGGAGUAAAAGAUAUGGAUACAUGCGCCCAGGACCAUGGCAACCCAGAAGCCAUCUCUGGCUCCCAAACAGAACCAUCACUUACCGCUUCAGGCUUCGACGAAAUCGAAGUCCCUGGUAUCCCCCGUGCUCGUUUCUGGGGCCUUUGUGUUGGAGUCCUUCUAGGCCUGUUCCUUUCUAUGACCGACACCUCUAUCGUCGCAACAAGUCUACACAGUAUCGGCGUCGACUUUGAGGUCCUCGAGGACGUCAACUGGGUUGCUCUGGCAUACACUCUUGCAUAUCUCGGAUGCGCCAUCGUCUUCGCUCGUAUAUCCGACAUUGUUGGACGUCGGGAUGCCUUUAUCGCAUCUUAUAUAAUCUUCUUCAUAUUUUCUCUUGCCUGUGGUUUUGCACAGAGUAUUAACCAACUCAUCGCCUUUCGUGCUCUGCAGGGCAUCGGAGGUUCAGGUAUACUCUACUGA